AUGGCCGAGAAGGGCGUGAAGGUGUUCGGGAUGUGGGCGAGCCCUAUGGUGAUCAGGGUGGAGUGGGCGCUCCGGCUGAAGGGCGUCGAGUACGAGUACGUCGACGAGGACCUCGCCAACAAGAGCGCCGACCUGCUCCGCUACAACCCGGUGACCAAGAAGGUCCCCGUGCUCGUCCACGACGGCAAGCCGAUCGCGGAGUCCACCAUCAUCGUCGAGUACAUCGACGAGGCCUGGAAGGGCGGCUACCCCAUCAUGCCAGCAGACCCCUACGAGCGUGCCCGGGCGAGGUUCUGGGCCAGGUUCGCAGAAGAGAAGUGCAACGCUGCUUUGUACCCGAUCUUCACCACGACCGGCGAGGCGCAGCGCAAGGCGGUGCACGAGGCCCAGCAGUGCCUCAAGACCCUGGAGACGGCCUUGGAGGGGAAGAAGUUCUUCGGCGGCGACGCCGUGGGCUACCUCGACAUCGUCGUCGGGUGGUACGCACACUGGCUCCCCGUCGUCGAGGAGGUGAUCGGCGCCAGCAUCGUCACCGACGAGGAGCUGCCGCUGAUGAAGGCCUGGUUCGACCGUUUCCUCGCCGUUGACGUGGUGAAGGCGGCGCUGCCCGACAGGGACAGGCUCGUCGCGGCCAACAAGGCCCGCCGUGAGCAGCUCCUCUCCGCAUAG